ACCUCGCUCUCAAAGCAAUAGGGAAGAAACUGAAAGCGCCUGGAAGUGUGUAGUGUGCUGUACAGUGUACUGCGCACUGACUACGACAGGUCGGAAACAAAUUUCAUUCCGUCAGAGAAUCCGAAUCCGAAUAUUGAAACGGAAAACGCCCAGAAUGAAUGACGGAGCUCAAUUAUGAGUCACAUUCUCCCAAUCGCCGGUGGGGUUCCGUAGGCUGUGCGACCAUCUUAUGAGACCGAUCAAGCUUCCCCAACCGCCCAGCGGGUUUUCGGGCUUGCCCGACUUCUUUCAAGGUGGGGUCUCCUCCGCAAUCAGACGGGCGGUCGUGAUUGGAAACGGUUUCGCGGGCUCAGAGAAUCAGAGCAUCGGUUUGGUUCGUGCUAUCGGUCUCUUUGGUCGCCUAGCCUUAUACCGUGUUACACGGCCAAGAGGAGGAAUCAAUGAGUGGCUUCACUGGCUUCCAGUUUCUCUACACAAAAAAUUAUACUUUUUCAUGCAGCGAAUCCGAGGCGAGUUGGGGCUUCAAGCAACAUUUAAAAAGCAAAAAGCGAUGGCUCUCUCUUCUGAAACUAGCGGCUUAUCUAAUAUUCUAGAAGCUGAUGCAAAGCACAUUUCAAAAAUGGCUCGUGAAACGUUUGAGAAAGAGGGCCCAUUGUUGGUGGUUGCAUCCGGCCGAGAUACUAUUUCUGUUGCGAGCUCCAUAAAACGUUUAGCCCCAGAAAAUGUCUUUGUUGUUCAGAUACAACAUCCAAGGUCACAUCUGAAUAGGUUUGACUUGGUAAUUACUCCGCGCCAUGAUUAUUACCCAUUGACUCCUCAUGCACAGGAGCAAAUUCCUUGGUUUCUCCGCCGGUGGAUAACUCCAUGUGAAUCUCCUGGAAAAAAUGUGGUUCUCACAGUGGGAGCUCUUCACCAGGCUGAUUCUGCUGCACUUAGGAGUGCCGCUUCUACCUGGCAUGAUGAGUUGGCACCGGUUCCAAAGCCCUUGCUUGUGGUCAAUGUUGGAGGCCCUACAAAAAACUGUCUAUAUGGUGCGGAUCUUGCCAAUCAUUUAGCUGCCAGGCUGCAGAAUGUUCUUUGGAGCUGUGGCACUGUCAGGAUAUCUUUCUCAAGAAGAACUCCUGAGAAGGUAUCCGACAUUCUAGUAAGAGAAUUUACAGGCAAUCCUAAGGUUUUCAUUUGGGAUGGUAAAGGUUCAAAUCCACAUAUGGGACAUCUAGCUUGGGCUGAUGCUUUUGUCAUCACAGCUGAUUCAGUAAGCAUGUUGAGUGAGGCUUGCAGUACUGGGAAGCCUGUUUAUGUAGUUGGAGCUGAGCGUUGUACAUGGAAGUUUUCUGACUUUCAGAAGUCUCUUCAAGAUCGAGGAGCUGUUCGACCAUUCACUGGUAAAGAGGAUAUAUCAGAUAAUUGGAGCUAUCCUCCACUUAAUGACAACAUAGAGGCUGCUAGUUGUGUGAAUGCGUCUCUUGCCAAGCGUGGAUGGAGUAUACACACUUAAUUGGUUUUCCUUAUAUUGCAUGAUCAGUACCUAACCAGUAGUCUACCAGCAGUUGGAUAUAAUUUGCCUCCAAUCAGGAGCAUUCUUUUACCUGGAAAUUCCAGAGGGUAGAUGUGCCAAUUUUAAAACAGUACUUUGAUCAGAUAGGCCAAUUUGGCUUAUACCCGCCUGUUUUAGUUCUUUCCAUCGAUUUUGUUCCAUACCACAAGGAUUUUGAAAUGUUUGACAAUUACAAUGGAAAGCAAUCUGUCAUUUAAAUUUCCGA